UCCUCUGGAAAUGUUGGGCUGGCUGUUACCUGCUAAAAAAUUAACUAGGUAAAAAGGAAAGUACGAAGGAAUUCAUUUGGGCUCCUUGCGAACAAGAAACAGGUCCAUGAAUCCUAACGACGUGCUUCAAUCUAAAGACCUUCAACGACGUCGAUUUAUUUAUUUGUUAUUAAUAGAAAACACGACUCCUAACGAAUUUUCACUAUUUUCGGUCUCUGGAUUAAUCAUCUGGUGUUUCAACUUUCAACACAAAACCCCCCCACAACCCUAACUUUGCAUAAAAUGGGAGGCAAAUGUCCGAGCAGGAAAGUGAAGAAGAGAAGAUACACUCACAAGACUGCUCGCCGCUCCAAAUUCCUCGUCAAAGAUAUCCUUUUUUGAAUAAAAUUUUUAUUUAAUUUAGUCUUUUUUUCUCUUUUCGUGAUUAAUCCAAUUUUCCCUCAAUUUCUUUUAUUAUGUGUCUGUGAAACUGUGAUUCCUUGAAUGAUAAUGUUUUGGUCACGUGACGAUGCUGUCUAUGAGGAGCUGCAAAAGCCUGAUGUGGAGAAGAAGGCCUUGCCCUUAGAUGAGGACUUGCCUGGCAUGGGCCAAUAUUAUUGUUUGCACUGCAACCGAUACUUUGCUAAUGUCACUGCGAGGGACGAGCAUUUCAAGACCAAACGUCAUAAGAAGCGUGUGAAGCAAAUGAUGGGACCUGCACCGCACACGCAACUGGAUGCUGAAUUAGCUGCUGGGAUGGGUAUGCCAGAUAAUGGUCCUACGCUUAUGUCUAUGUGAGCUUUCUAUUUUUUUUUUAAUGUAUAUGUUAGAUGAUAAGCGAGAUGAGAACAGCCUGACUGUAGGAUAAUUGGUACUGUAAGAGUGGUCUUUGCAUGAUUGUUACUUGUGUGGCCACAAAAGUAGUGGCAAUUAAUUUUCUUUGUGGUCCACUGUAUGAUGUAUUUUUUUUUCAUGUUUGAUGCAUUUUCUUUCUCA